AAUUGCAAAAGAAAUCCAUUUUCCUCUUCUUCCUCGGCCGAGAUCCGGAAAGGCUUGAGGCGGCGAACAUCUAUUCCGAUCUCCCUUCUGUUUCCAGUUGAUUCGACUAUUGCCGUGUUCUUCCCUUCCGCUAGCUGUGCACGCGGAAUCACCAUCCGCUGAUUGGCGUCCAUAGACAUCCGAUCCGACCCCAAAUUCGGUGGCGACGAUUUAUCUACUGCGGCAAACAAAGUUUCAAUCUCGUUGAACUAGUUGAAUCGGUUCCAGUAACUGGAGCUUGAUGUUUGCCGGAGUGUGAUCCAAGGAGGAACGCGAGCUUCGUUAAAGGCAUCUUGUUUGACGCGAGAGAUAUGCCGGAGGCAGGUGAAGAACUAGUGGAGCCUGACAAGGAGAAAGCAGAGCCGCGGCCUAAUCUUAAUCCCGAGUUUUUGAGCUGCAUUCUCCAGCCCCCGAUUACUCACCACAGCCCGAACUACACUGGAAUUCGUCGCCUCCUUAUCCACCGUAAAGCUGUCUCCUCGCCGGGUAUCGAUCGUCGGCAGGAGUGGAGAUGCAAUGGGAGAGGAUACGUCGCAUAUCGGAAUUUUAUUCGAAGGCCUAGGAAAUGGGAGAAUGUUGCCAGCCAGUCAAGCAGUGCUGGUAACAGUGGCCGUGGGGUUCCAUCAUCAGUUCCACAAUCUAUACUUUAUGACACAGACACUGGGGGUUCUAGCAGAGAUCUAAGAGGUUCCAACCUAUCUUUUGGCCACUAUAAUAGCCUUGAUUCAGACAGGCAGAUCCGGCAUGCUGAACCUGCAUAUUCAUUUGUUGGAAUGCACUGUAUCUUUGACAACUGUAGAGCUUCAGCUACAAUUGUAAAAUUUGGACACAUGAGUUCCAAUUUACUUGCAUAUGGUGCAUCGGAUGGAAGCUUGACAAUUUGUAACGCUUCUGAGCAACCAUCUCUAAGUCAUCAGUUGAAAGGACAUUCAAAAGCUAUCACAGAUUUUGAUUUUUCAUCCAACAAUCAGUACAUUGCUUCAUCUUCAAUGGAUAAAACUGUCCGCGUCUGGGAUGUAUCAAAAGGUCAUUGCAUGCGAAUAAUAUAUGGAGUUUCACCCCAACUAUGCAUUAGAUUUCAUCCGGUGAAUAACAACUUGCUUUCUGUUGGAAAUGGGAACAAAGAAAUCAACGAACUCAAUUUUAGCACAGGACAUGUUGUUACUAAACUUCUAUUUGAAAAUGAGAUUACAGCUAUGGACAAUGAUCACACUGGACAACAUCUCUUUGCUGGUGACGCUCAGGGAUGUAUAUACUCUGUUAAAGUCAACUCUCAUACAGGAGCAAUAUCUAGGUCUCAUAAGAAUCGAAGUAUCAGGAGUAAAUCUCCAAUUACAACUGUACAAUAUCGUACAUUCUCAUUUGUUGCACGAGGACCUGUACUUCUUGCCUGUGCCCGAGAUGGAAAUAUUUGUUUCUUCAGUGUCGCUCUGGAAGUUCAAGGAUAUUUAACUCUACUGUGUUCUCUCAAAUUAGCUCCAAGGUCGCAUAACAUUGGUGCUUCUUUCUGCCCUCUGCUUUCCCUCGGAAAGGGGGAGUUUGUAGUUUCGGGAAGUGAAGAUGCAAAUGUCUACUUCUAUGAUUUGACUCGGCCCAAGCAUGCAUGCGUUAACAAACUUCAGGGCCAUGGCUCCACAGUUAUUGGAGUUGCUUGGAAUCAUGGAGAGAACUUGUUGGCUUCAUCUGAUUCAGAUGGAACUGUGAUUGUUUGGAAGAGGGCGCAAAGUGGUUGAGCAUAACUGCAGCAGAACAGCGGGGGCCACUACAGCUUGAUGCUUUGGACACUACAGCCUAAUGCUCGACGGAGUUCAUUGAUCACAGAGGGUAAUACUUUUGUUGUACCAUUUUUUCCUUCUUUCUUGUAUGUCCUAGUUCUUUCUUACAUAUAUGUUUGGGUCGUGACAUUAAAGUCUACUCGCAUUAGAAGACUUAAUUGACCCAUUCUCUUGUUCAUAAUCGUUUUCUUGUAAUUAUCAUGUGGAAGUAUCAGUUUUCACCAAUUUGUACUGAAUAACCUGCAUCUUUUACAAAGCUGCAGUAAGAUGUGUCAGUGAUUUAUCAA